CCCGGAGCCUGCAGAGCCCCCAGCUCCGCUCCCCCCCAACGGCGGGGUGGACACCGGGGUGGCUGUGUGGGACAGGCCCGGCUCGGACACCUCCCGCCCCCCCACGGAAGGGAGCUGGGCCCUGUUUACAGACACCCCAGCGCAAACCAGCCCGUCAGACGCCCCGUCAGGCUCUGCCCAGGGACCCCACCCUCAGGAACCGACAAGCAGCAAUGUAUCUUUGGGGGGAGCAGCCCCCCCGGAGCCCCCCCGUGCGGGAUCACCCUGCGAGAGCAGCGACCCGGCGCCGAACGGCCAAUCGGCACCUCCGCCCGCCCCCGCCGCAGCCAGGCCAAACACGGAAGGGGCCCCCCUAUCUACCUCCGACGCCAGCCAGCGGCUCCCGGGGGCCGCGGCCGCCCCGAAGGCGGAAAACAGCGCCCCCCUUAGGCAGCAGCAGCCAGCAGCCAGAUAAAGCUCACAGAGGGCGCCUGGGGAAGCUGCUGAUCGUGGGGGGCUGGGGGGAGCCCCCCCUCCCGGAGCCCGGCCCGCCCAAGGAGAGCCCAUUCCCGCGGGUGGGGGCAGCAUAGGACGGGGGGGCACAGUCCUCUCCAUCACAAGAUGCUUAUGGCGAGACAGCUGAGCCCCCCGCAGGCAGGCUGGUGUGAGCC